CAUAAAUAUACCGGUAAUUUGUACUCUCUUCACCACAGAGCCCACUUUCCGCUUUCCCUCUCCUCUCUCUCCAAGGAUCAUCAACCAUUUCAGAAGUAACACCAGCUUCUUCUCUCCCACCAUUCUCUCUUUCUCUCUCUCUCCUCUGUUCUUGCCAAGCGCGAGCGGGAGAGGGAAAGAAAGCUCUUUAAUCAAUCAAAUUUCAUCCCAUGGCGAUCGAAGACAUUGGAAGAAAGCAGAGAAAUAGAAAGAAUCUGGAAACGGAGACGUCGCGGAAGGGGGUGGAAGAAAGCGAUGAGGAGACGUCCCCUCGUGGAGUGCUUGAGAUGCUGAUGUCGGAGAAAUCGGGAGAGCUAAGCAAUCUGCAGUGGAAGAAGAUGUUCGGGCAGGUGAAGAAGUCGUCUUCCGUGUGGAAGAUAUCGACCAUCUCGAUGCUCGGAGGGGGCAACGGGCUGUCCAAGAAGGCGCUCAGGAAGAAGAUGGGAAGGAGGAGCAACUCCGAGGACACCGGAGAUUUCGUCAUGCCUAAACCAUCAUGGAGGAAUUUCAGUUACGACGAGCUCAGACAAGCGACCCAUGGUUUUAGUUCCGAUAAGUUGAUCGGGAAAGGCGGGCACGCAGAAGUGUACAAAGGGAAGUUAUACGAUGGUCAAGUUGUAGCAGUGAAGAAGAUAAUGAAGGAGGAGAAGAACGACGAAGAAAAGAAUGGCGACUUCUUGGCUGAGCUGGGCAUCAUUGCCCACAUCGACCACCCCAACGCUGCUAAGCUCAUCGGCUUCAGCGCUGAUCAGGGCUUGUACCUUGUGCUCCAAUACCUACCCUAUGGCAGCCUCGCCACUGCCCUACACGGCUCAGCAGAUUGUCGCCUCGAGUGGGGGACGCGCUACAAGGUGGCUAUCGGGGUGGCCAAGGGACUGCAGUACCUGCAUUCCAGCUGCCAGAGGCGAAUCAUCCACAGAGAUAUAACUGCCUCAAACAUAUUACUCUCUCAGGAUUAUGAAGCUCAGAUAUCAGAUUUUGGACUAGCAAAAUGGCUUCCUGAGAGCUGGGCUCAUCUUGUUGUGUCUCCAAUCGAAGGCACUUUUGGGUAUAUGGCUCCGGAGUACUUCAUGCACGGCUUGGUUAACGAGAAGACCGAUGUGUUUGCUUUCGGGGUUCUGCUGCUGGAGCUCAUCACAGGGCGUCGUGCAGUUGAUUCCUCCAGCCAAAGCCUAGUGAUGUGGGCAAAGCCUCAUUUGGAGAACAACAGCGUGGAAGAGAUAGCUGAUCCCAGGUUAGGAGGAAACUACAACGUCGUAGAAAUGAAGCGCGCAAUGUUCACAGCAUCGACCUGCAUCCAUCACCUGCCUACCAUGCGCCCAAACAUGAAGCGUGUAUGUAACCAACGUUUUUUAAGUCAUCAUCAGCAUUCAGCAGCUUCACGCCCUCGUGUUUUUCUGCAGGUUGUGCAGCUGCUGAAAGGCGAUAAUGGGCUGGACAUGAAGCAGAAGUCCAUGGGCGAACGCGUGCAGCUGCUGAAAAGCAACAGCGGACUGGACAGGAAGCACAAGUCCAUGGGAGAACGAACGCUGCACAUAGAUGCUUGCGACGCAGAGGACUACGCCUCCACUACUUACCUCACGGACUUGAAUCGCCAUAUGCAGCUAGUUAUGGAGUAGUGUAUUUGUAUAUAGCACAACACUUUGAAGAAUUCGGAGAGUUGAAGUUCCAUGUGUUUUUCACCUCUUUUUUUUUAGUAUUGUUGCUACCCUGCCAUCAAAAUGGCAGUAGGUGCUCAAACUCAAGUGUGUACAGAGAGUUGAGUGUACUUUGUUUUAGAUUUGCUUAAGGUUUGGAUUAGUAGACAUGUCAAAAUUGGUCAGUGAUUUUGGUGAUGAACAUGAGACAGAAUCAAGAAUCAAAAAUCAAGAAUUAGAUAAUA